AUGAAGUUCUUAAAAGUUUUAAGCUUUUUCAUUACGGUUGUUUUGGUUGCUUCAGCAUUGCCAAUCGGUAAGUCAUCCUAAAAAUCCAUUGUUUUGACAAAAUUAAAAAAAAAAUUUUAAAAAAUUUUACAAAAUGCGCCAAAAGUUCUGUUACAAAACUUUACCGGUUGUUUUCUCUAUGUUGCGGUUAAACUAUUUAAAAUUUUUUAUUUUAGCUUAUUCUCCGUGUUUUUUUAAUGUAUAGUCAUAAAAGUUAAGUCUUCAUUGUCUAGCGUCUGUCUGUAUUUAGAUGUCAAUCAUGAGGGCUACCGUCAUCAGUGAUUCAGAGUUUUAAAAAUAUUUUUUUUAGAAAACACGGUAACUUAUGAAAACUCUGAAUCUUCUGAAAACAGUGUCAUGACACGCCAAGAAAUCAGAGAACUCAUAAAAACAGAAAUAGCAAAAGAACUGGAAGAUGUAAAAGACAAGUUCUCAAGGAUUGAUAACUACCUAAAAGAGAAAAGAGACAACGCUGUAAGGGAUUAUAACACCGUUUUAUUGCCAUUUUCAAGUUUUUUCUUAUUUAAAAAAUAAUUUUAGAUAAAUAUUGCAAAAGAAUUUAUUGACCACACCAAAGGAGUACUAAAAGACGUGGCUGUAGAAGCACUCGAAUUUUUGAGGCCCUAUAAAGAAGACCUUGGUAGUCUUUGGGACCGUAAGUGUUGUCCUUGUUCUAACAUGUAAGACCUAAACGGAAGCUCAAUAGGCUCGGCCCUGCCUUGUUUCAAAGCAAAUUUUAUAAAGAUCGGUCGCGUCUGAGCACGUACGACUGGAGACUUAUACUUAAAUUUUUUUUUUCAAAAAUAUUUUUCUUCUCAGUGAAAACCAAAAAAUGGCGCGGGAAAUACAAAAUUCUGCGCCAUUUUGACAAGAAAGCACAAUAAAACGAGAGAAACUAGAGAAAAUACUCUCUUUCUUUCAAACGAUCUUUUUUUAAAUGGCGCAGGAUUUUGGGCAUCCCUACCCUACCCUACCCUACCCUACCCUACCCUACCCUACCCUACCCUACCCUACCCUACCCUACCCUAACCUACCCUACCCUACCCUACCCUACCCUACCCUACCUUACCCUAUCUUUACCCUACUAAACGCCGUCAUACUCUUGCACUACACCUGCUGACCUGCUCUCUAUAAUGUAAAGCAUGUCCGGUAGAUAUAAUACUAUCGCACUUCUAUAUACAUUAUUUACAGUACCUUGCCUUAUUUCCAAUCUCUGAUAACUUUUUUUUAUUACAGUUAAAAAACCUUUUUUAGAAGUGAAAGAAACAGUGAAAGACAUAGCCAACAAAAAAGAAGAUCGUUGA